CAAUAUAACCUAAGGCCCUGUUCACUUUCAUUUUCGUUUCCUGUUUUCUGUUUUCAUGUCAUAAAUUUGGCAACCGAAACGAGAAAACUUGUUUACUUUUCAUUCUGUUUUCUAUUCGUUUCCAACUAUGAAAACAGAAAGUGGCAACUUCCUGCUGUUUUCGGAAACGACAAAAUGUUGUUUUCACCUGUUUUCAACAUCUGUUUUCUCAAAAACAGGAAACAGAAAUGAAAGUAAACAGGGCCUAAGUUUUUUUUAAACUCAACCUUGACUUUACCACAAGUUUCAACAAGA